AUGCCGAGAACAAUUCGAUAUGGCACUGAGAAUUCAAAGGAGACGGUUGGAGAAACGGCGAUUGAUACUCCUCCUUGUGGUCUUGGAAACGGUUGGCGUGUUUUGCAAGCGCCAAUGAAAUCGACACGAAACAUGGUCACACCCACCGUAUCAACAUUACCCUUUGGCAUCUACGUCGCGCCCUGGGGGCUUUCAACCUUGAAGAAACCGGUCAAAACUCGAGAUAUUUUUUUGGCGAUGGGAACUGAAAGCCCCAAACCAGCCAUUCAGGAGCGGACUUCAUGCUACUUUGCAGCGAACGAGCACCUUGGCUCAUUGACUCGUGAGGCGACCCGACGGAUGACGCCAGGGGAGUUUCCAUUAAUAAUUGGCUUUUUGGAUGCAGAAGCAUGCAUCCUAGUCGAGCCGUCGGGCACAAACGGUGCCUAA